CCACACACCACUUCACUUCUGUUUCAUUCUUCAGUUCGAGAAUCUGGUCAGGGCAUAAAUCUCCCAGAUCAUUCAUCCUGGCUGGGGGCAAGGAAUGCUCCCCAGUCCGCGAAAAUGACCAGGCUCCGCGGAGCUUCCGUGAGCUCGUAUGAAACCUCCCGUGGGGGCAGCGACAGGCCUCAAUUACAUCGCUCUAAAUUGCCCCCGAAUGCCCCGGAUAUCAUCGCCCAGAAUACAGUGGAUGUCUCGGAUCCUGCGCAGGUUCUUCUCUGGUACAAGGAUGAGCGACGACGCCAUUUUAAUCUCUUGGUUCGCAGGUACAAGAACCAGCUCCUUUACGGGUGUCAGGAUCCUGGGUGUCAGACUGCGACCUGCGCGAGCUAUCGCAGGCGGGCGACAGAAGGACCGUUCCGUCGUUACACCGAACUGAGUGCUCGCACGCUCGCCUGCUAUCUGGCGAGUUUGGAUAACGCAGAGAGCGGUCUCUGUCGCAAUAACCCUCGGGUCCCAUCGGAACUCUCAUCGCAGGAUUCCCAACGCCGAUCGAAACGUCGUACUCGCGCGCUUCCUACGAACGAUACGAACCGAGACCGUAGCGGGUCAUCAGCAGCGGAUCACAAUAUACUGAAUGGGGGUUCAUCACAAACGCCAUCAGUUCGGCAUUCGGAUUCGCCGGGCGCGAAGGAUAGUACUUCGCGAACUUCUUUCUGGGUUGUGCCACAGAAACAUAACGGAUACCUGCCACUUGAUGAAAACGGGACGAUCCACCAGAUGAAGGACCCGAAAUCCUUCACGCAAAACCUUUUCGACACGUUGUCAUUGAGGAUGAUCGAGUGGCUGCCUCUGCGACGCUCCCCGAGCAGUAUUUGUCCCGAACAAGAACAGACAGGCGCGCGGACUGCUUCGCGAUCGCCCAAACUGGAAAGCCGCCGCGCCCAGAUUCAAUCGGACGAGAAGCAACCCAAAGGCCGAGAUCGUCUGGCCCACUAUCACGCAUCUACCGGAGGGAAUCCUCACACCCCUUCGUCUCGGGCUACGGGAAAUCAAACAACUGCGGUGGAAGUGAGAAUGGCAAACCAACAGUUUAAGCGGCGUUCGCUAACCGAGAUGGACCAGUGGCGCCAAAGCCCGCGAUCGAGCCUAGAGGAUAAGACUCAUACUGAACUCAAACCGGCUCGCAAGCUCUCAUUUAACACGCAUCCAUCUACUGAAGAGUCCGUCAACAUUCCCUCCCCGCCAGCGCUGAAACAUCGCCCACAAAAACAUCGAGGUCGUACUGGAGACACGCCUGGCGGCUCUUUGCUGGAACAGCGGAAAAAGGAAAGACGGGUCUCUUGGGACGGUGCGAAACUAUUGAACGACGUCCAAAUUUACGACGCGCAGAAACCUGCUGCAGCUACAACGCAGCAACAGCAUGUGUUGGAAGAGGCCCAGUCUCCGAGUGAGCACAAACCACGGCGCAAAGGGGUUCAUUCAAGACGAGAGUUCUCAACGAUUCAAUCGGUCACGCAUCUCACAAGCGAGAUUAUCGACGGACUGAGGCAAUUGAUGGUGCUCUCUGAGGACGAUGCUGAGAGAUGGAAAGACCAAUUAGCCUACAUAGAGUCUACUGGUACCUUGGAAGAUUCUGAAUGGCGCUUUGCAACGCCUCGCCAGCGUCAAGUGUUUGCAUUUGUCGCUCAAAGCAUCUUUUAUGCUCUGGGUAGCACCAAACCCAUCCUGCAAUCAUUUCGCCAACCUGCGGCUGGUCCGACAGAGGUGGCGGAGCAGGACACCGUGCACCCCAGAAUUAACAUGCAACAGCUUCAGCCGUCGCUGCGCAAGCUAUUUUCGAUCUGCCCAAAAGACCUUAUCUUCCAUAGUCUUUGGGCCGGCCUCGAAACCCUGUUCAUUCCACCGAGGGAACUAUCAACCCCCAGCAAGCCAUCGCGACGGUCGUCAUACAAUUCCACAUCGGGAGCACCUUUUUCUGCACCGAUAAUCUCCCGACAGACUUCCGAUUCACUGCGGAGCGAGCCCAUUAGCGAUUCUAAUGCCGCAGACAUCGCUACCGUCGCCCUGUUUGCUUUGGCUAGUUCCCUCCCCGAAGUGGAUGCGCCGACAUGGCGCGGCCUGCUUCAGAUGCGUGCAACUGGCGCCGUAGCUUCCAGUUCCGACAUGCAGAAGCUCCCUUUGCACAAUACGCGAUUGAUCAUAGGUGUCACCGAUGUUCUCGAGCACGAGCUGGCACUUCGGCUCCUGGACCGCCUGGUGCGCGCUCUCACGGCACGGCUGGCAUUUCACGAAAUAUCAAAGGCCCGCCAGCUGUACACCCACGAUUCCCCGAAACAGCACAAGAGCAGCGUCUUGGACCACCUCAUCAAUAAUCUCAGCGAAAACCACGAACUUGUCACCGCCAAUCUCAACGACUCCGAUCAACCACAAGCCCCUAACCCUCCCGCCGUUAUUGCCGAGUGGCUCCGCACGCUUUUGCUGAAAGAAUGGGAUGGAAAUCCCGAGAUGCCCAAGAGCAGUACCGUGGGCGGCACUAUACAGAUUCUUUCCAUGAUGUACAAAGAGCGGGCUCGUCUGGGACUUGUUCCGGAAGACUUUCACACUCCCUUUCUCUCGGAGAGGUUGGAACCCUUGGAACUGCCCGUCGAAUGGAUGGGGCGGGUACCCAACAACAAGACGAUGCAUCUUCUUUCCUAUCCUUUUCUCUUCCCUCCCUCGGCCCUUGUUAUAUACUUCCGCGCCUUGAACUAUGCCGCCAUGUCGAAACACUAUGAAGCCGCGACAACCAUCACCAGACACGUAACGCAGACAGCGUUUGGUGCUAUCCAGAUCCAAGAAGACGUGCCCCUGCUCUCUCGCCUGAAGACGUCUAUGACCACGUAUCUCGUUAUGGUGGUCCGACGUGACAGCCUUCUGACCGAUGCUCUCAAUCAGCUUUGGCGGCGAGAACGGCGAGAGCUGAUGCGUCCGCUGAAAGUGCAGAUCGGACUGGAAGAGGGCGAAGAGGGACUGGACCAUGGAGGCGUACAGCAGGAAUUUUUCCGGUUGGUGAUGGCCGAGGUGAUGGACCCCUGCUACGGCAUGUUCACCACAGACGGUCGGACUCGGGUCUCCUGGUUCCAGCCCUGCUCAUUGGAACCCCUCUACAAAUUUGAGUUGCUCGGAUUGUUGGUGUCGAUCGCGGUAUACAACGGCCUCACUUUGCCCGUGAAUUUCCCGACCGCGUUUUACCGCAAGCUAUUGGGACUCAAGGUGAAGCACCUCGAGCAUAUCCAGGACGGCUGGCCCGAGCUCACCAAGGGCCUCGAAGGCCUUCUGGACUGGAACGACGGCGACGUGGGAGAUAUCUUCAUGCGCACCUACGAGUUCAGCUUCGAGGCCUUCGGAAGCAUUGAGUCCGUUGACAUGCAGAAAGUGGGCAAGGACGCACCUUGGCCUCUGCCAUCAGCAUUGCUCCGGGCCGGAAGCGGAACCAAUCGUUCCUUUCCACCUCCAUGGUCAGACGUUCGACGUUUCACCGACCACAUGAAUCUGAGUCCUCCCUCGUCGAUGGCUGCCGAGGCCACCGACUCGCAUGCGGAUCUCGCGAAGUCGGUGGACGGCUCGGUGCCGGUUCAGUCGCCAACGCCCCCGGCCGAAGAGGCGCCACUGGUCACCAACGCGAACCGAGCGCAGUUCGUCAAGGACUACAUCUUCUGGCUGACGGACAAGUCGAUUCGACCGCAAUACGAGGCCUUUGCCCAGGGGUUCUACACCUGUCUCGACCGAGCCUCCCUCUCCAUCUUCACCCCCGAGGCCCUGAAAACGGUGGUGGAAGGGUACCAGGAAAUUGACGUCAGCGAGCUCGAAGAACAUGCGCGCUACGAAGGAGGGUUUGGGCCGCAUCACCGGAUGAUCCGGGAUUUCUGGAGCGUUGUACGAGGAUACUCGGCGGCGCAGAAGGCCCAGCUUUUGGAAUUUGUGACGGCGAGUGACCGAGUGCCGGUCAACGGGAUUCCUAGCAUCAUGUUUGUGAUCCAGAAAAACGGCGUGGGAGAUGCUGUAAGUAGCCCGAUCGCAUUGUCGACCUUCAAGAACUAACUCCUUCUCCAGCGUCUUCCAACCAGUUUGACCUGUUUCGGCCGGCUUCUUUU